AUGCCUCGUCUGACUAGAUCCAGUGAGUUAUUGAAUAUUGUUGACGGUCUAUACUUUAUAGACAACUAUGUUAUUGACCUGGCCUCUAGGAUAUAUAACGAGCUUAGGUCCAUCAUAGCCUCUUUUGGGGAAGACGCUAUUGAGAAACUUACUCCUCAUGUAGUUACACUGUUCAGCAAAUUAAAUGAGCUCGCUAAGGAAAAUGUUGAUCUAAAAAAACAAGUGGAUGCUGUGAGUGAAGACCUGAAUCUAGCCGAGCACAAGUGCGAUGAGCUCAACACCAGUAAUAAGGAUAAGGCUGUUCGUUGUAAUGAGCUGCCGGACCAGUGUGAAGAGGAGGUUACUCGGCUUACCACUGCUCUUGAAAGCAUGCGUGAAGAGAACUUUAGGUUGAAGGGCUCUUUAAGUAAGCUUGAAAGUAUGGACACAGCCAAGCUUCUUGCAGAGAGUGAAAACAAGAUAAUGGGGUUAAUGGAAGAAAAAAAUGUCUCCUGA